UGGGACACACUGUCAUACAGCAGAAGAGCAUCUAUUUCAUAUCUACAAGAUGGCAUGGAGUAGUACGUCUGGAACCUGAAGUCAUGGUACUGGUCCUCGGUGUUUAAUCUACAGACAUGGCUACAGCUGGAUGAUGGAGCGCAGGACACUCGACCGACGGCUUCUCUGAGGUCUAGAUCUAGCUGUUUGUCUUGGCUGUCUGUCAUGGACGUGAAGGAGAGCAGAGAGCAGCUGAUCGUCAGCAUCACCACCCCCCUCUCCACCGCCAUCAUCCUGGCCAACCUCUUCAUCAUCGUGGCCAUCGUCUGCAACCGGCAGCUGCACAACACGCCCAACUACUUCUUCCUGAGUCUGCUGGUGGCCGACCUGUGCACGGGCGCUGCACUGCCCUUCAUCCCACGCAUGGCCCUGGAGCAGCAGCUGGACUUCCACGCCUGCCUGCUGGUGCACACCUUCCCCAACUUCCUCUUCCUCUCCUACCUCUUCAACCUGGUCAUGGUGCACUACGAGCGCUACCUGUGCAUCGCCAGCCCGCUGCACUACAGCCAGUUCUGGGUGCACCGCUGCUUCCCGGCCGCGCUGCUGGCCACCUGGGUGCCCCCACUGCUCUACGCCUCCCUGCCCGCCUUCGGCUGGAACGAGUGGCCCGAGGCGGCCACCACCACCACCACCUCCUCCUCCUCCUCCUCUAACUCCUCGAACAUCACCUCCUCCAACAUCACCUCCUCCAACGCCACCUCCACCCUCGGAGCUGAGACCUGCUCCUACAAGAUCAUCUUCCCCAAGGAGUACAUCUACCUGGAGGUGUACGGCCUGCUGCUGCCCUCCAUCUUCCUGAUCGUGGGCAUGACGGCCCGCGUGCUGUGGAUCACCCGCCAGCAGCUGCGGGACAUCUGCAAGCUGCACCGGGCGGUGGAGCACCGCGUCGUCAUCGACAACAGCAACAGCAGCAGGGCCUCCUCCUCGGACGCCGAGCACCGGCUGAACGUGCGCUACGCCAAGUGCGUGGCGGCCGUCUCCCUGGUCUUCGUGCUGUGCUGGGUGCCCUACAUCACCUACGUCAACGUGGCCCUGCGCUGGAUGAAGGCUGACAGGAGGUCGGAGAACUGGUCGCUCUACAUCAUCCUGUCCUGCACGGGCAUCGGGAGCAUGGCCAUCAUACCCUUCAUCCUGGGGCUGGCCAACAGACAGUACACCGAGCCCGCGCGCAAACUGCUGCGGAAGCUGAGGGACUGCUGGCGUGGGAUGCGGGCGGGUGGUGGCGCGGAUGUGUAGCACUGCCAGGUGCGGACACAGGGGUGUCGGACGUACAGGGGUGUAAAGUGUGACUAACAGUGUUUUCACACCUGGUCCCUUUCAGCCGCCUCCUAAGUGAACUCAGACCUGUGACUCAGCAUUUUUGGCGCAUAUCUGAACGCUCCAAAGCGUACCCAGACCCCUCGGAAGCGAACCGUACUGAGACUUUGGUUGACGUGGUCUCAGUUCGGUUCGCUUAUGAGUUCUGACAAGUUACACUCUAGAGGACCGGAUGUGAUAAAAAAAGAAGUGACACACCAUAAAAGCCUUCCAGGACCAGAAAGAUCAGCCAGUUCUUUUUGUUAUACACUGACAAUAUGAACAAAAACAGAACUGAGUCCAUUUGCUAUUGUUUCACUUUUUGGUCCACUUAAAGAGGACUGAGUUUGGUUCACUUAAAGGGGACCAGGUGUGAAAACCCUAUCAGUUAGUCCGAUACAUGCCUAUAUAUGGGGAACAAGCUGUGUUCCAAUUACCACCACAACCCUUCAGCCAGGUUGGAGAGCAAAUUACAGUGACAUUGCCUGUGUUACAAGCACAGGCAGAAUGAAAAUCUGUCAGGACUUUUUACUUUCUCAAUCCAGUUUGUUCACCUCUGAGCACGGACAGAGCUUUGGGUCAGCUAAUAGGUCUAUUAUGAAUGUGAAUGAUGUGCACUUUAUUGAUAGAAUGUAAACGUCACAAAUCUGCACAGGCAGCAAAACAUUUUUUUUUUGGCUACUGAAAAAUGCAGAGUGCAGAGUUAAAACAAUUUGAACAUGACUCUCUGUGUCCAACAGCUUCUUCAAACGUCGGGACUGCGGAAAUGUUGUCAUUACAUGGUCAGAGUUGUUUAUGUGAAGAUGCUCUAUAUACAAAUUGAGUCAGCUAUCUGGUGAAAGCGAAACUGUAUUCUGGGCAAACAAUCCAAGAAGUCUUUAGGUUACAGAGACAGUAAUGCAUUACUAUCAUGGUAAGUUCCAGAUGGACCAACAAUAAACUCAUUUUCCCCCUUCGUCUUUUUGUUUAAACGUUGUGUCCCUAAUCUCUGUUUCGUAUGAUGCAUGUAUUUCACAACCAUUGCCAGA